UACCGCGCCUACACCCUCCGUUUGUAUGAGACCUUCUCUUCUCGCAGCGCUGCUUGCGAUCUCAGCGACACCCCCUGGAUCCAAUUCAACUGCAUGCGUGUGGAUUUCCAACAACGAAACGAGCUCGCAGCUUUUCACUUCUAUCCUGAUUUUAGGGGAUGAAUAGCUCGAGCUGAGCUUGUAUUUGGAUUCGCAGCUCGUUGGUUGAGGGUUGAGUGCAUGUGAGCAGGGAUGGCGUGCACCGCCUCAGUUAUAGUUGAGGUGAGUGGGUCGGUUUUGAGCUCCAGGGAUGGAGUUAGGGGUGUGAAGAGAUUGAGUACGGUUCAUGGGUUGUCGGGUGGGUUUCUUCCUGCUCUUGCGAAGCGCCGACCGAUCCUUGGAAUGCAAUGUGAGACGAGCAGUUUGGGUGGGUUCAGAGGUGUGAGUGAGGGAAGAGCGAAGUCGCAGAGUUUUCGAUUGAAAGUGGUGGCGGAUUCUGGAGUGACAACAAUUCAAGAGGAUUCGAUUGAAGAGGAUUCUAUACUUCAUCCUGAGGAGGAGAAUGAGGUGAAAGAUGUGGUGGAGUAUGAUUGGGAGAAGGAAUGGUAUCCCAUGUACUUGACAGCAGAGAUGCCCAAAGCCGCACCGCUUGGUCUCACUGUAUUUGAUAGGGAAUUGGUGUUGUUCUAUGACGAUAAAGGCGAAUUGCAUUGCUUUGAAGAUCGGUGCCCUCACAGACUUGCCAAGUUAUCAGAAGGAAAGGUGACUGAUGGAAAGCUCGAGUGCCUGUACCACGGCUGGCAAUUUGAGGGUAGUGGACAGUGUACUAAAAUCCCACAGUUGGUGCCCGGAGCCAAAAUCCCGAAGCAAGCAUGUGCCAAAGCGUACGAAGUGAAGAUAUCGCAAGGAGUGGUGUGGGUUUGGCUUGGUGAUAGAGCAACAGCGGAUCCCUCGAAGCUGCCAUGGUUCGAACAUUAUGAAAGGGAAGGGUUCCAGCACAUCUCUGCUAUUCACGAGCUGCCAUACGACUACUCCAUUCUUGUGGAGAAUCUAAUGGACCCAGCUCACAUCCCCAUCUCGCACGACAGAACAGACCCCUCAGCUAGGCGUGAGAACGCUCAAGCUCUGGUUUUUGAAGUCACGGAGCGCUCAUCGCGAGGGUUUGCAGGGAAAUGGAAAGAGAUCAGCAGCCCAAGCUUCACAAAUGCGACUCGCUUUGAAGCACCCUGCAUCGUGCGAAAUGACAAAGAGUACGUCAAACCAGAUGGCACGGACGCCCACAUGAGUGCUGUCUUCCUUUGUAGACCAGCUGGUCAAGGCAAGUGUAUGUUGAUUGCGCGAUUUGGUAGCACAAACUUUCCAGGAUCGCUAAAAAUGAUCCCCCCCUGGUAUAUUCAUAUUACUAGUAAUACGGUAUUUGAGCAGGAUAUGGGAUUUUUGGCAUCACAAAAUGAAGACCUGGUGAAGAAGAAUCUACCCACGAAGGACUUGUAUCUUAACCUGAAGUCGUCAGAUACAUGGGUUUCAGAAUUCCGGAAAUGGAAUGACCUCGUGGGUCAUGGUAUGCCGUAUUACUUUGGACAUAAGACAAUAUCUCAAGCUAAGAAUCCGGCAGUUGUGGAAGUCGCUCCAGCUGGAUUUUCUGCGGCUGCCGCAUCUUCAUACCCGGCACAGGGAUCUUUCGGCGAGAUGUUUGCGAGAGAUCCAACAAAUCGGUAUUUCCGUCAUGUUGUACACUGCAGAUCGUGUCUCUCAGCACUCGGUAGCUUUCAGACAUAUCAAAAGGUUGCUACAGCGUUUGGCCUAGCAGCAGCAGGCGUCGCCAUUGUCCUGCCUUCUGUCGUUUGGAGAGCAACCCUGGUUAUAACUGCCCUUCUGGCUUUUGCAGCGGCUUAUGCCUGCUCAAGAGGCAUUGCAAUAUUAACCAAAAACUAUGUGCGGCCACAUCGCAAGGGAGUGCAAUGAAUUGCUUCUACAGCUUUCACAGUUUCCGGUGAAAUAGAUGGUCCACAAAAGAUUCAAAAAUUACCCAGAGUGAUUAAAUGAAUGUAGGUAUGUCAUGCAACGUACAGCGCGAUGAGUUGCUUCUGGGUUUGAGGCUGGAUUGUACGGUUUAUGAUUUGUGAGCUAAUAAUCCGCAAUGUUUCGUUGAUAGAAAUGCCCCAUCACAUUGUAGAUUACAUGGUACGUUCAAAAGCCAUCGAGCUCUUGAAAAACAGUUGAUUAAUGGUAUCAAUAACUGCAAUUAGGAUCUGACCCUAUGAUAGGUAAUCAUGUUAAACCUAAAACCCCUGGAUUUUGCUACAAUACUACAUAUUCUUGUGUACUAUAA